UUAUUUCUGCAAUUUUCCUUUAAUUUAUCUACAUCUGAAACUUUUACUAAUGUAUAAAGAUUUUCAUGAAUUUCGGACGUUAUUAUAACCUCUGAUUACUGAAUUUUCACAUUUAUUUACUCUAAUAACACUCGUGAUAAACAGAUUUACCGUAUCUCAUCACUGGGAAAUCUGUGAAAGGUCAAAUCAGGAUUUUUUGCCUUCGAUGUUCCACAAUCGGUGUAGACACAAAGUGCACGUGGAGGCGACAUGCUGACCACGAAAUCUUCUUCGCUAAACACGAUAAACCUAUCCAAAAAAAUCUCACGAAACUAGAACGAUGUACUUCCCUAUUCACUACUAUUAUUUAUCGCUAUUUGUUGCAAAAAAAAUCUGUAAACUGUCGACUACAAUGACCAACAAACACAGAGACUGCGGUAAAGCUCUCUUCGCGCUGUUUACACAGCAGGAUCGAGCGGGAAACUGACAGGAGCUGCGUUUUCGCGGUUUUUUCCUAGUCAGAAAAAUAUGGUUGUCGCAACCAAUACUUUUGUAAAACCUCCUUACACACUCAUUAUUCAUUUUCUUGUCAUUUAUUUACUUUCAUUAUUGUUAAAAAGUAUAUUUUACAUAAUAUACUGCAUGAAUGAUGAAUCGUCUGCUUGUGCGUGCUCAUAUGCGCGCCAAGCUGUAGGAAACUCAUAGGUGGCGCCGCCGAGCGGUUGGGUAACAGAACUAACGGCCUGUUACCCAAGCUUUCGUCCCCCCAUUUUAACCCAGAACCGUUCUUCUAUAGGAAGUCUAUAUUCGUUGGUGGCAGUGGCAGCGCAAAACAACAUGUCGACAUCGACGAUGGAGGGCUCGCUGAGCAAGUGGACGAACGUCGUCAACGGGUGGCAGUAUCGCUGGUUCGUACUCGAUGACAAUGCCGGACUGCUUUCCUACUACACGAGCAAAGAGAAGAUGAUGCGAGGAGCCAGGAGAGGCUGUGUCAGGCUAAAGGGAGCCGUGAUCGGAAUCGACGACGAAGACGACAGUACCUUCACUAUCACCACUUCCUCGAGCAAAGAUGACCCCAAGACAUUUCAUUUCCAGACGCGCAACGGCGAAGAGCGCGAGAGAUGGGUUCGCGCGCUCGAGGAUACGAUACUUCGACACUCGCACACGCGAUGGGACCCGCGCAAGCCACCUCCGAAGCACGACUUCGACCGGAAAGUUGCGGAGGCGGACGCGUACCUGCAACUCCUCAUCGACCAGAUAAAGCUGAUCGAGCAGAAGCAGAAGGAUUUGGGCGACGACAACGAGGAGAAGAAGCAGCGUUACACGGAAAUUCUAAGACAGGCCAACUCCAUGCUCAACUCGGUCAAGCACGCCAUCGUCCAGCUGCAAAUUGCCAAGGCAUGUGUGUCUAAUACGCAUGAUGCCUUGUGUCGAAACACUGCCAUUCCAGUCAAUGGUAUAUACCAGGGGCCAACCGAACCAGUAAACAUUGCACUUCCACUAAAACAUGUUACAGCCAGAGAACCGGAUCCAACGGUGCAGACGGGCAUCGAACUAGGUUCCGAAUGCACCGAGCCCCGAGUUAGCAAUUCAAAUGCCACUACCAGAAACCUUCCUGUGCCAGAGUACUCGUAUUCCUCUUCAGACGAAGAUGAAGAUUUUUACGACGCCGCCGACGAAAUCUCGCCAACACCAUCGCAGUCAGCUGCGAAAAGACGCGAAGCCGAGAGAAUACCGUCCGUGACUGAGAGCAGCCUGACAACGGACAACCGUCCCGUGGCCAAGACGCCAGCACCGCCGCCCAUUAAGCACGACGGAUCGAUAGAUUAUGACGCAUUGUACGAGGAAGACAGCGACGACGGAGAGAUGGACUCCAUGGAGAGCCAUGGAUCGGUGGUGACCCAUCUGCUGUCCCAGGUGAAGAUUGGCAUGGACCUCACAAAAGUUGCCUUGCCAACUUUCAUCUUGGAGCGACGAUCGCUGCUAGAAAUGUACGCGGAUUACUUUGCCCAUCCGGACCAGUUUGUGAGCAUCGCGGACAUGCCGACACCUAAGGAGCGGAUGGUGCAGGUGGUCAAGUGGUACAUGUGCAGCUUCCACGCGGGCCGCAAGUCUGGCGUCGCCAAGAAACCCUACAACCCGGUGCUUGGCGAAAUCUUCCGCUGCUACUGGGACUUACCGUCUGUCGUCAUCGAUAAAGAUGCGCCUUUGGCUGAGAACGGGCCGAUUCCCUGGUGCAACGAGAACCAAUUGACUUUCGUCGCAGAACAAGUUUCACACCAUCCGCCUGUGAGCGCAUUCUACGCCGAGCAUCCAACGAAAAAAAUCAGCUUUGGCGCGCACGUGUGGACGAAAAGUAAGUUCCUGGGUCUGAGCAUCGGUGUGCACAAUGUGGGCAAGGGAUGGGUCAACGUACACCGGCACGACGAGGAGUACGUGCUGACGUUUCCCAACGGCUACGCUAGGUCGAUCCUGACCGUACCAUGGAUCGAAUUAGGUGGCGCCACGACCAUUGUCUGUGCUCGUACCGGGUAUCAAGCCAACAUAGAGUUCCUCACCAAGCCCUUCUACGGCGGCAAACGCAAUAGAAUAACGUGCCAGGUUAGCGGGCCUGGUGAUAAAAAGCCGUUUUUGACGAUCAACGGCGACUGGAAUGGAGCUAUGGAGGCCAAGUGGACUGACGGGAAAACAGAAAUAUUUGCGGAUGUCAGGGAACAGAGAAUAGAGAAGAAGAUGGUUAAGCCGAUGAGUGAGCAAGACGAGGAUGAAUCUCGAAAAGUUUGGCGUGAAGUUACCAUGGGUCUCCGCAUUAAUGACAUGGAUAAGGCCACAGCCGCCAAAUGUGCAAUAGAACAAAAGCAACGAGACGACGUGCGAUACCGCAAAGAGAACAACAUUGGAUGGCAAACAAAGCUUUUUAAGGAAACCAAAGACGGCGGCUGGAUGUAUACGUCGCCGCUAGAGAUGAGAAUGCGGACUGCUGAAGCCGCGACGUCCGGUGCUGCUGCUUCAAGCACUGGAACCGAAGACUCUACGAACGCAUCGUCGGCACAAUCCAGCACAUAAGGGGAAUAACAUUCGCAUAUUUUCUAAUCGCACACAGUAAUGUUAAUAAUUAUAAUAUAACUAUAAAUGAUUAUUUACGUUGCAGGCCUAUAUACAUACUAUACUUUCUCAAGUCUUUUUGGGUAAUCUUAUAAGGGGAUGUGAAAUUCAUAUGUUCGUGCAAGAAAAAUAUAAGUUUUUUUUGGCAAAUUUCUUAAUGCUGAAAUUUAGUUACUGUUUAGAGAAAUGAAGUUGACUCGUAACAUGUACUUAUUUAUCUUUUUUCUCAUCUUAUACAUGCGUUAUAAUAAUAAUUUAAGUGCAGUUCUCAACGAUUAAUUAAUACGCAAUACAAUAGAAUUGUAAUCCACUGCAUUGUGUCUAGUGUUUUACAAUGUCUGUACAAAUAUCAAAUGAUAUUUCACAUCCCUUUGAAAACCACUCAUAAAGAUAUUCCCAUGAUUUAAAUUUUGCAAAUCUGUUAAUUUACAAGAUAGACAUAAUUUUGUACGUAAAUUAUAAAAAUUUCCUUCAACUAUUAAGUACUAUUUUUGUUUGUUACUAAUUGUUAAAGGUUUGUUUAAGCGACAAACGUUAUAAUUAUUGAUGUCAAUCUCUUUGGAUUUCGGUACUUACAUUUCGUAAAUGUAAAGCACGAAAGAAAUAGAAAUAUAGAAGAGACUAUAGCGAAAAGCAGAAAAAAGCGAGAAUUUAUAGUUGGCACGAUUUUCACAUAUAGAUAUAUAUUAAACGAUUUUUUGGAAGUUCUUAUUGCAUUUUUAGUCGUUAUCGUAGGAGCGCACUUCUUGAAUGUCUUAAAAAACGAAAAAUGAAAUGUGUAAGAAUGAAAAUUUGAUCUCGCAUGUUAUACUAUUUGCAAUUUUUCUUCCCUCUUUUUUAAUAUUCAUUGCUUGUAACUAUAAACAGCUUUAUUGAGCUUAUUGAAUUCCUAUAAUUAAUUUUUCAACUUUUUAAACCGUAUACUUUUUUGACAUUUUUUACAACAGUUGAAAUAUUAAAGAGACCUUAUAUCUGUAAUAAAACUAACAUGCAGUUUUAUUAUUGAUUUAAAAAAUUUGUAUGGUUAUAUUCGAUUUAUAUCAUUAUUUAAAACAAAGACAAAUCCAAAGCUGUUCCUUUUUUAAAAUUAAACAAAUUUUUUUGUAAUAAACACUAUUAUUGGAUUAAUUUGUUAUAAAAGAAAUACUCAUACAUGAUUUUUUUUGAGAUUGAAAAUGGAUUUGCUUGAGAUUCGGGUUAUCCUGACUGCAGUAAACAAAACCGUUGUUAAUAAAGAACAAAAAUAAAAUUACGUAGUUCCCUACAGCGAAGCAAAGAAAAGCGAGAAAUUCUAAGUGUAAAAAAUACUAAAUGGACAAUAUGCCGACCUUGAACACGUCUGUCUGGUAUAUGACGGUUGUAGAUUGAGUCUAUCCAAGUGGCCUUCGACUAAAUAGAGACGGGGACUAAAUAGAGAGGUGCGCAGUGUCUGCUCCAUAAUUCGGUCCCAAUUCUUCUUCCAUUUUUAAAUGAAUUAAUAUCUGAAGAAAUUACGAGGUAGAAAAAGAAAAAAGGAGAGAACUCCUUGAUAGACAAAGGACGAUCCCUAUAAUUUUGCGUGUCAAUGAAGAUAUGAACUACCUACGACGACGAUGAUAUAAUAUUAUGAUAGGUGUGUUUCUGUGCGAUCACUCAUGUCUCAAUGAGGGGAUUAUAGAACAAACUAUGCAUUUAUGCGUAUGAUAGGGAUUGUAUUCACUCUUAAAUAUUGUUGGUAAGCAAGUUUGAUAUUAUGUUAUGUUAAAUUUAGAUUUAAUGAGAUUGCCUAACGAGGUAUUGAUUAUAUACAUUGUUUAAAAUUUAUUUGCUUUUUUAUGUAUUAUUACCAUUUUACAAACCAUAACGUCUAUAGCAUGUGUGUUGUACUUAUUUUAAAUAGUUAAGUUUUACAUAUCAUUGGUAUUUAACUACAUCGAAAUAUUACUUCAAUUCAUUUUGAGAAAUUGCAAAUUUUAAUUUACGAUCAUAAAUAUAAUAUAUAGAACAUAAAGUAGUUUAAUAAAGGGUCACUUUUAGAAUGCUAAAUCGUAAUUAAAUGCUCUUAUUAUUUAAGAGUGAAUACGUUUAUUAUGUGAAUUAGUAUUCAAUGAUUACUAAUUACGAUUAAGUAUGUGAUUGGUAAUUGAAUUGCAACUAAUUUAUAAAUAUUGUUAGAGACCAUGAGAUGAUAUUUAAUGUAAUAUUAAAGUCAUAAAAGAAACAUAAAAAUGAAAUAUGUUAUUCCUCUUAAGGAGGCAGUGCAAAAGCUUAUUGCAAGCAAAAGUGUAUAUUAUUUUAAAGUAGAAUACAAAAUAUUAUAAAUAAUUAUGCUAAAUUAGCGCUAUCAUAUGUACAUUUGCAAUAAGCAUUAAAGGGCUUUCUCUGUUAAUAGUGGUGGUAUAAUCCUGUAAAGUAAUAUUUGCAUGUCACUAGUAAUUAUCAUAAAAAAAGGUUAAUAAUAUACGUUGCUGAUUUUGGCCUAGAGUUAGACUUAUAUUUAGAAAUCAAACUGUAUAAAUAGAGUAUAGAUAUUAAAAUGAAAAAUGUUACACAGUAUCCAUGCGUUGUAUAUGAUUCUUUUGCAAAAAUAAAUUACUCAAGAUAGUUGAAAAACAUAA